ACGAACACUAUCUUUCCACACCUUUUGCUUUCUUUUACAACUACUAUAUAUAUAUUUACAGAAUCAGAUACGGAUUUUACAAUUCUUGCUUCAAUUUCGGAAAUAUUAUCUGCAAAUUUUAUGGGCAUUGAAAGGUAGAGAGUAAAAGAGACAAUGAGUAAAGGAAAUGAUCCAAAUCCCUUUGAUGAAGAGGAACCACAAAUUAAUCCAUUUUCGAAUGGUGGAUCUGCUCCUGCAACUAAAUCACGCUUUCCUCAAAUGAUUGCUAGCACUCUUGGUUUUGGCCAAAAGAAUGAUGCCACUGUUGAUAUUCCGUUGGAUUCAAUGAAUGAUCCCAAGAAAAGGCAAAAGGAACUAGCAGCUUGGGCAGAAGAUCUGGAAAGAAAGGAAAGGGAGAUAAAACGUAGAGAAGAUGCUGUUGCUAGCGCUGGUGUUCCGACCAAUGAUAAGAACUGGCCGCCAUUUUUUCCAAUUAUUCAUCACGAUAUAGCAAAUGAAAUACCAGUUCAUGCUCAAAGGAUGCAGUAUUUGGCUUUUGCAAGUUGGCUAGGUAUCGUGCUUUGCCUUGUGUUCAAUGUUAUUGCUGUCACUGUUUGUUGGAUAAGAGAUGGUGGUGUCAAAAUCUUCUUACUUGCUGUAAUAUAUGCUUUACUUGGAUGUCCCCUUUCGUAUGUAUUGUGGUAUAGACCCCUUUAUAACGCGAUGAGGACGGAGAGUGCACUAAAAUUUGGUUGGUUUUUCAUGUUCUACAUGCUCCACAUUGGAUUUUGCAUACUUGCUGCUAUUGCUCCUCCCAUUAUCUUUCAUGGAAGAUCCUUAACGGGCAUACUUGCGGCAAUUGAUGUCUUCUCUGACCAUCUCUUGGUUGGGAUCUUUUAUCUGAUUGGAUUUGGCCUUUUUUGCUUGGAAGUUUUGCUAAGCUUGUGGGUAUUGCAGAAAGUUUACCUGUACUUCCGCGGGCACAAGUGAGCAUGAUUUUGGAUUCAAGACCUCAAUUCAGCUGCAUUUUUUUCGUUUUUUUUCUCGAGGAACCUAAGCUUGUGUCUUUACCUAUGGAAAUAUUUUUUGGCUGAGUUGUGGUGCGCGGGAUAGAGUUGUAUGUUCUGUAGGAUCAUACAAAUUGUUACUCCAAAUGUGAGAGAUGUAAGUAACUUCAUUUCUAUUGAACUCUUACUAGUUACUAUAUCAUCAUAUUGCCAAUGUAUGUAAUAGCCAUUACAUUCUAUCAACUUACUCUGCCUUAUUGAGCCUCUAUUAUAGUCUUUGGGGUUGAAUUC